AUGCAAGCCUUAUAUCAAUUAUCGGCCAAUACAGCACCACAGGCGUUCCAGAGUCCCGGACAGCCACCUGUUAAUCUUGCGGCCAUGAAGCAACUUAUGCAGGCAGGCGUUCCUCCCGCACUUUUGCAACAAAUUCAAGUAGCUCAGCAACAGCAGCUUGCUGCAGCUUCUGCAGCAGCUGCAAUGCAUCAGUCGAGUGGUUUGCUUACGGCACCAGUAGUUGGUACAGUUGUUUCAAAUGCGGAAAGCGAGAAACAAGAUGAAAAAUUGGCACGAGAGCAGUACGAUCUCCAAGUACAAAUGCAAAUGGCUGCAGUUGCAGGGAUUGGUCCACAGAUGCCACCACCUUCUACAGUCCAGUCGCAACCGGCUGCGCCAAAUGCUUUAACGACACCAGAUCCAUCAACAUCGUCAAAUUCUGUUGAUAGCGCUCCCAAACGAUUGCAUGUAUCAAACAUACCGUUCCGAUUCCGUGAUCCUGACUUAAGGGCAAUGUUUGAGAAAUAUGGGCCUGUAACUGAUGUUGAAAUAAUAUUUAAUGAACGUGGUAGUAAGGGAUUUGGUUUCGUGACCAUGGAGAAAUCAGCAGAUGCGGAGAAAGCUAGGCAAGAAUUGCAUGGUUCUUCUGUUGAGGGUCGCAAAAUUGAGUGUUUAUUUUCACGCGCUGCACUUGUGGCGCCUGCGCAUGUUUUGUCAAGUUACGCUGAAAGUUUUUAUGGAAUGGUGGAUGCUAGUUUGGCGGUUGCUGCAUUGCAGGGUGCUGCACUUCAACAAGCAGCUGCAGCAAAUCGUGCAUUAUAUUUACGGAAUCCUCUGGCACAAGCAUUAGCGGUCCGGAAUUUGCAAAAUCUUAACGUGCAGAAUCAGCUCGCUGCACUUGGACAACCACAGCAAUUGAAUUUUAUUACACCAGCUCUCGCAGCUCAGAUGCAAAGUCAGGGUCUCUUACUGGGUGCUGCACAGCUGCCUCAAACAACUCAGCCACUGCAGCAGUCUUACGAUCCGACAACUUUGCUAACUGAGCAGGCACGUUUGCAGCUUGCUGCUGCGCAGGCAAACCCGGCUUUAAUGGUGGCAGCAGCAGCAGCAGCAGCGCGUAAUGCUGCGGCAAGUACAGCUGGUACUACGUCCAUUGGUGAACAGUAUCUCGGUCAAGCAUUAACAGCAGCAUUGCCAGGCUAUCCCGCUGUGGCAGCGGCUACGUAUCGCACGCUGAAUCGUUUUGCACCAUACUAA